CAUGCCGUGAGCCAGCAAUUCCAGGGAACAAUUUUGAGUUAGAAGAGGCCUAGAAGGAGCCAUAAUGACGCGUGAGAUAGUUAGAGCUGCCAAGUCGGCAUCAAACGUGAUUGCUGUUCACAAGAAAUAUACUGUGCAAUCGACUGGUGUAUGGGAGCGCAUCCGCCGCCUUUUGUCCAUCGAUCCUAAUCGCUCCACUGGCGUUCCAUUGAACUCUCAAUUUCGUCUGCCGGCUCCAGGAUCUCUUCCACCUCUGUCCUAUGAUGACCCAGUAACAGUUCCAGCGGGCGACAUUGCCGAUAAUCCCUACUGGAAACGUGACGCUCGGAGAAGUUACCCCAGACUUAGCAAGGUCAAUCAAGCCGACGUCGUCGGUCUUCUCAGUGUAGGCAGUCAAGCAGCGCCUAAGGAGGUGCUGAAACUCGGUGAAGCGGGUGCAAAGCAGCUUGUUUCUGUCAAACAACAGGGGGACGAGCGCGGACUUGCUGGGCUUUUUGAGAAAAACAAGAUGGAGGCUAGAGGUGUGUUGGAUGCCAAUGGAUUGCCGCCCUUGCCUUGCAGCUUGAAUUCUUCGGCUUCGAAAUACCGGCUGGAUCACGACCAUGGGUAUCCUGAAGUGUACCCCUGCCGCACUUUUGUCUGAUAUAGAGAGGGAUAGACCUACUGCUGUUCAUCAGAUUCUGGUUCCAUUCAGGGCCUCGCUUAUUCGCGCCGCUUUCAUGUGUUUGUAAUUCGUACAGGAUGUUGAAUAUACAACUUAGCUCCAUGUGACGGUCCAAUUCAUGUGUUCA